UAUGAUAAUUAAAUAUUAACAUUUUUGUAAUUCGAUACACACUUUAAUAUAAAGAAAUCAAAACUGUAGUACUUACUAAACUUUUUAAAAAAUUUCAAAAAUACUAGAUAGUUUUAAUGAAAUUGUUAUGAAUUUUGUUUAAAUGGAGAUAAGACAUAAUGGCUACCAAUGCCUUAGAUAUAAUGUCGGUGAACUUUUUUUAUCAGUGAUCUGAUUAUUGAGUUCAGUAUGUUCAGAUGUUGUCCAUAAAAGCGCCGUUUUUAGAGGAAUUUGAGAUUAUAAAGUUACAGAAAACGAAGAAAUAAUAAAAACUAUCGACACGCAGAUGAAGUAGCACGAACAGGUGAUAAUUUUUUAUCAAUUCUUAGCGUGGAACUUUUUCAAAGUUAACUGUAAAAAUAACUGUAUAUUGUUUCUUGUCUUGUCAAAACUGUAGUAAAUUUUAUUUUAAUUGAAUUAUGUUAUAGUGACUGUUAUUUUGUGGUUUAAAAUGGAUGUGGUUAUUUUAAAAAUAGUUUUUGCCGGAAUGGCUUUUGCUAUUGUUAUUUUAAGUAUAUUAAUAAAUUCAAUUGAGUCAAGACUUCCAGUUUCUAUAGUGCAAUCAUUUAGGUAUGGUAAAUUUUCAAGCAAAAGGAAACAUUUUCUUGUUACUUAUUUGGAAGUUCCUAAAAGAUGGUUCAAGCAUUUUUAUAUUUUUGCAGCUGUUUGGGCAACUCUAGGGUUUUUAUUGAUUCUUUCUACUAUUGUUUUUAAAUUGCCAGUUCCAGAAAUAAUCUAUAAUUUUCUUGAUUUUUUUGCUUCAAGUAAUAGACGAACAAGUUAUAAUGCUACAGCUACUUUAAUAGCUGUAACUUGUAUGUUAGUUCAAUGUUGGAGAAGAUUUUAUGAGACUCAUUACUUAAGUGUAUUUUCAAAAUCCACAAUAAAUAUUUCACAUUAUGCUAUAGGCUAUAUACAUUAUUUUGGAUGUAUAACAGCUAUUUUAGCAGAAGCUCCUUCACCGUUCACUACACCAUCUAUGGAUUUUAAUUCAUACAUCUCUAUGUCUGAUAUUAAUAUAAAACUGAUUAUUGGCUCAUCUGUUUUUAUUUGGGCCUUCAAAGAACAAUAUACUACCAAUAAAACAUUAGCUAAAUUAAGAGUGAAUGAAAAAGGCCAAGUUGUAACAUAUGAACAUAAAAUUCCAACAGGUGGACUUUUUGAUAAGAUUUCAUGCCCACAUUUGUUUUGCGAAGCACUCAUGUAUUUAGCUAUUUAUAUUAUUCUUUGGGGUAGUCAAAUUUGGCCGUAUGUAGUGUUUUGGGUUUUAAGCAACCAGUGUGAAACAGCAAUGCUUAAUCAUUGGUGGUAUCAAUCAACAUUUAAGUUAUAUCCAAAAAAAAGAAGAGCAUUUAUUCCAUAUAUUUUAUAAAACUAAGGGUCAUAUUUACAAUUAAUUCUUAUGAAUAAGAUUCGCUUAAGCAUGUUAUUUUGAUAGCUUAAGUACAACUUUUUAUAAGAAUUAACAAUACAUAUGAUACUAAGUUUUCUUAUUUAAAUAUUUUAAUAAAUGUGCAAUUUAAAAAUAUAAAUAAUAUAUGAUAGUAUUUUAAGUCAAUUUA